AUAUUACCUUUUUAUUCCUCUUGGAGACAAGCGAAGAACGACAAAUCUUCUCCUUUUCAAUCUACUCAGAUCUCUCAGUUUCAAUUUCAAUUUCAAUUUCAAUUUCAUUCUCUCCUCAAAAAUGUCUCUCCAAAUCUUCAAUCCUCCUUCUUCCUCCUCCUCCUCAUAAUCUGCUUCCCGAUUCCGAUUUUGAUUUCGAUUUUCGAAUCGAUUUCCUCUUUGAUUUGAUUUUCUCGAUUCAAUGAGGUGCAAGAAGCAUCUCUCCGACGCCACCAGCGCCGUCGGCGUCUGCGCCACCUGUCUCCGGGAGCGCCUCCUCUCUCUCAUGGCGGCUCAGGCCAGGGCCGAGGCUCUAGCGCAGGUUCAUGAACUGCACCUCUCUCGCCUCCGUUGCGAAGAUCUUCCGAGGAAAUCCGAUCCUCAUCCUCAUCCUCCUCCUCCGCCGCUGCUGUUUCCGCGCUCUGUUUCGCCCUACGUCUCGCGCCGGAAGGUCGAGGACUCGUCGUGGAACUUUCCGAGUCCGUUGGAUGAUCGCCACCGCCGAUUCCACCACCGCUUCUACAGUACUCCGCAGGUCGGUCCUACUUACUGCGGCGGCGGUAAUGGUAAUACUGCUUCUUUUGUUACUACCGGCUCUGUUUCUAGGAAACAGAGGAGUAGGUUUUCGCUCUGGUCUAGUCUUUUCAGGUCCAGAUCCGAGAAAUUGGAUUCGGUUCCUCGAGAUUCUUCAUGCGAACCUGCCUCCUCCUCCUCCGCCGCCGCCACCGCCGCGUAUUCGUCUUCGUCUUGGCUGUCGUCAAUGUUCUCCGGCCGGAAGAAGAAGCAAUCGAAGUUUUGCGCGAUUGAAGCCUCUGUAGAUGCAAUCGAUCAGAGGAAGAAGAAGCAAUCGAAGUAUUUCUUCUCGCGAGGAAUGUCGCCUGCGGGAGGAGCGAACGAGGCCGCCGCGGAGGGAGAUUACGAUGAUCGCCGCGACGGAUCUCCUCCGGCGAGCGGCUACUCCUCCGAGUCAUCGAAGUGGAAACCGUCUCCGGCGGCGUCUCACGGAUCGACGGCGAGGCGAGGGCGGCAAGGACUGAGUCGGAACGUUUCAGGUCUGGCGUUUUGCUUGAGUCCACUGGUGAGAGCGAGCCCUAACCACCGGCACUGGAGCCAGAAAGGACUGCCGCCGGAAUUGGCGUAUUCCGGCGAAGUUAGGGUUCAGACCAAGCCUCAUCUCUCCGAGGCGGCGUCGUUUUGCGCGAACCGGUCUCGGAAACUCGCGGAUUUCGGAAGAGGCAAUGCCAACCGUUGAUUUUGAAGACCGUUGACAUUCAAACAGACGGUGCUGAUUUCAUCGCUCACAAAAACUUCUCAACAAGUACGGUUUUGCCCUCACUCCCUCUCCCACCAAAUUGUUUAUUACUACUAAUCUUCAGCUCAUUCCUCACUGUAAAGGCUGGGGAAAAAAACUUAAAUCAAAGGGUCAAAAUAGGUAAAAAAAAAAGAAAGAAAUUAAUUAUUUGUUAUUUCUAUAUACUAAUUAAUUAAUGUUCAUUACACAGAAAUGAGAAUUAGUUUUCGGUUUAUAUUUGGAUUUGGAUAUGGGUUUUUCAAAUUUGGA